CUACGAGUGCAAGUUAAUGACCAGCAUUUGGAGGAAUGAAUGUCCAUGAAACUAUGGUUGGCGGUAGUCUCUUCCAACCAUAGCUAUGCUCGUCUUCUGCUCGUCCACCUCAAGUUCUUUCUUCGAUAGUCAAUACCUUUCGAGCCACUGUAGUACAUGAGACCCAUCCAAGCUUCAUUCCGUCACAAGUGUAUAGCCGGCAGUAUGAAUAGCAAGGUCCGACCUUACUUGCUAUGCGUCCUAAUGGAGUACAUUAUGGAGCUUCAAAGUCUUAUGAAAAUGCUUAGCCCAUGUGGAAUAUCUGACCUCCCAGUGUUUGAAAGCGCUUAUUGUGCCCCAAUCCCUGGUUGCUUCUAUACGCUCAUGCACCUGCGUCACCUUAGAAUAAAUCACUCCCGAACCGGCAGAUCCUUAGUUGCCUUAGUCCGAGGCACACUUCUGCAAGAACAACCGGGCUACCCUGACUAUUUCGUAGAUGCUUUAUAUUACUUGGCGUUGGGAGGACAGCAAAGACUAACGACUCUGGGUCCUGACGUAGCAGAUAGGUCGUGUGUGCCGGAGGUGAAUCUACUCUAUCACUUUACAAGAAUGAUCAGCAAUGAGGGGUCAUAGAUUGGGAGUGUAAGUAUGACAGCCAUGGAGCUUGAUAUACUUUCUUUUGCUGCCUGUGUUGGGCUUAGCUGGCAACUGUCGCGGAUGCCCUCCCUCGCCUUUCGGAACUUGAUUCUCGCUGUCACUUACCAACGUACACCAUCUGCUUUUCAAGUCCAGUUCAACUCCAAUUGCUGUUUUCACUUAGCUAGC